CGCCUCAAGGCCCGAGAGAUGGUGAGGCCUGGGCCUCGGCUUGCUCAGCAGAUAACAUCUGGGAGACAAACUGCAUCAACAAAAUCAACAAAUGGAAAGAAAGGGAUUCAUAUGAGAAAAAUAGCCCGAGCUGAUGCAGAUUCUGGUUAUUCACUUUAUUCUACUGAUUCUGAUGAGCAGGUUGGAACAGUACCCCAGGGGCUUGAACGCUGCACAUCUUUACUCCAGGAAAUUUUGCAGAAUGGAGAGGCAAUCUGUGGGAAUCCAGGAAAAGGAUCUUCUGGGAAGCUUGGAUCCAGACCUUUGGAAAACAAAGGAUAUAAACCAAAAAAGAAAGGGCACCCCAAAAAUGCCGUUCCUCCAUGUGUCCGUAAAGAAAUUUUGUCUUCAGGUCCUAAGAAACACCCACCUAAUAGAGUUUCUAUUGAAAAUGAAAAAGAUCCUUCCAGCACGAAAGAGAUUCAGCCAGCCCAGGAACCUUCCAACUUUGACUUCUCCACGAUGUACAAAACCUUCUAUGAGCAUGUGCAGACGCAGAUGUCUCUGAUCAAUGCCCAGAGUUCUCACGGCGUUUCUGAUUCUGGGCCUCCAGGCUUUAUUCAUGGCAUAUCCUCCACACCAAUUCUCUCUUCUCAUGAUCCAACUCUACCUUCUGAUGUUCAAUCUGAGGUUCAGGUUCCCCCACAAAGUGGAGCAGUUUCUGUGACCACUACUAAUGUUCCAGUGCAAACCAUCACCACUAAUUCUUCUCAUACAUCUUAUCUCCCAACAGCUGGGGAAAAUAACCCAGCUGUUCCAGUAGUUCAGCCAUUAAUCCAUGAUAAUGGAAUUCUAGCAGCACAAGGAAUCUCUCAGCAAUUGGGUAAGGAAAUAAAUUUGCUAAAGUGUAUCCAGACAUACCUGGAUCAGUUACAUACUCAAAAAAUAAAAGCACACGAAGGACACCAAAACCUUGACCCUAUAGAGAAACCUACAGUCUGGACCACUGAAGAAGACUUUGCAGAACAUAUUUGGGAAUCUCUAAGUGAUGAUGAAGAUUUAAAAAUGGUUGAAUUAGCAACCAAGCAAGACCUAAGCUCUGUCAAGAACAUGCAGAAAGCAAAAAGUAUGAGUCUAGAAGAAGCAUCACCAAAAUUUAGAAUGCUCAAGUACUUGUUGGGAGAACUCAAGGCACUGGUAGCAGAACAAGGGGAUUCUGAAAUUCAAAGAUUGAUUAAAGAAGUGGGAGAGUGCAUAUCCCUGCUCCCAGACAUAACCGAAAACACUCACAUGGAAAGUGAAAUAACUUUAACUUUGCAGACCCUAAGGCAUGAAAAUACUCAGUUACGCAGAAAAUUGAAAGCUUUAAGCCAGCAACUCAGAGAACAAGAAAAGACAAUGAAGUCAUCCAAUUGCCUGGACUGCAACUUUGAAUUAAUUUCCAUUCAGUCACUGAAUAUGUCCCUGCAAACCCAGUUGAAGGAGUCAUUAAGGAAUCAGAAGUUAAUGAAGACUAAGAACGAGAAGCUCUUAAAAGUGAUUGAAAACCAGAAGGAAGAGUACAAAAAGUGUAUCAAACUGUUUCAAGAGCAAGAUAAAAAAGUACUUGAAAAUAAGCAGCACUUUGAGAUGGAGACCACAAAAAUUAAAAUGGAAUUGGAGGAAGCCUUGGCCAGUGUGAAAACCUACCAUUUUAAACUGGAAACAUCUAGAAAAGAAAAUAAAAUCUUGGAGUUAACAGUACAUCAGCGUGAUGCUGAAAUCACCCGGCUAAAAGAACUUACCAGAACUUUGCAGAACAACAUGACACAAUUCCUCACAGACUUCAGUGUGGACAAUGCUCUUUAUAAGCCUGAAACAAUGCUUACCAGAUCCCUUCUAGACAUUCAUGAAGAACACCUACAGUGUGAACAGUCUCCAUCUCCACUUCCCAUGAAUUACCUUAAAAGUUUAGAAAACAACCAAAUUUAUACUCACACAGAAUCACCAUUUUUAAAAGAAGAUGGAAAAGGGAGAGUGCCAGCUACACCUUAUGAAAAUUUCCUAAACCCCGAAGUCUGUAAACAUAAACUCCUAGAUUUAGAUCAUGAAUUAGGGACUCUACCUUAUCAUUCAAAAGCCCUUUCAGAAACAGGGAGUGAGACUGACACGUUACUAGAUGAUGAAUCCAGACUGAAUGAUGAGACAAUUUACCUUCCCUUUGCUGUAAGCUCCUCUAAAAAGAAAUCCACUCCUGAAAGAGCAAGUCCAUUGCCACAGAACAAUGUUGCUAACUCCAAACUAUCUAACAACAAUGGAAUCUCUGCUUCGGAAAAGUCCAUCUCUUUAUUUGCAUCCUCAGAUGAUACAAAGGCUGGUUUCGAAAUGUUUCCUGGUACUUCCACUCUGAAAAGGGAAACAGAAGUUGUAUCCGAAAAGGUGAGGGAAGUUAAUACAGAUGAUGAGCAACUGCUGAUGAAAAUAAAGGAGGUAAUCAGUAAGAUCCCCAGUGACUUUGGGGAUAAUCCUUCAGGUCAACAGAGUACCGUGACAUAUCAAGAUGCUAGCUCUCUGUUGAAAAACAGUACUCUCUGUGAUUACAGCUUUUUAAAUACCGAUUUAAUGUCAAGAAUGUCUAACUGCUGGAGUGUGUCUUCCCUCUCAUCAUUCACUUCACAUGAUGAACAAGACUUCAGAAAUGGCCUUGCAGCAUUGGAUGCCAAUAUAACUAGGCUACAAAAAACUUUACAGACUGGUCUGCUGAAGAAAUGAAUCUAAAAGGAAACAAAACUGAGUGUGUCCAUUCUUCAUUUGUUACAGAAUAUUUUGAUACUUUGUGCCCUGUUUAUGUAGUGUCUUUAUAAUGAGUGUUUUAUAUUAGUUUAAAUUAUGGGUGGAAUUAAUUUAUCAAUGGAAUAAACUAAAUUUUUUAUUGUAUUAAUUUGACACUGAAAUUUAUAAAGUCUAGUCAUCUUCCAGGAUUAAUAUUUAAGGGAACAAGUAUCCUAAUUAUCUAGGAGAGAUUUGUAAAUUGUG